GGAGGGCAGCGAUUGGCAGGAGGACUCCUCGGGGCGGUCCAUUCAGAGGAAAGAGGAAGAACAACCAGGAAGAGCCCUCGCAGCGAAGUCCCGCCUCCACUUCCGGGAAUGAAUAGAACCGAUUCAUCCACGGGCGGGCUGGGACCCAGGAGGACGGGCGAGCCCGGCGGAGGAAGGAAGGAAGGAGGCGCCGCCCGAGAGGAGAGGAGGCCCCGCGGAGCAGCCCCGGGAGGAGACGGCGGGGAAGGCCCGGCAGGGAUGAGCCGAGGGGGACUCCGGGGAAGGAGGCCGCCCGGAGGGAGAGGCGGGGAGCAGGAAACGGGCGGAGACCCCGAGACGGGCCAGGAGGGCGGAGGGUCCUGCAGAGGAGGCGGAAGACCCGGGAAUCCCCAGAGAAUCCAGGAGGGAGGAGAGAAAUAUGAAUGCCCGGAAUGUGGAAAAUCCUUCAAAAGAAAUACAGGUCUUGUAAACCAUCUAAGAAUCCACACAGGAGAAAAGCCAUUUGAAUGCCUGGAGUGUGGAAAGAGCUUCAGUCAGAGGAGCAACCUUUCUACACAUCAAAGAAUCCACUCAGGAGAGAAACCAUUUGAAUGUCUAGAGUGUGGAAAGAACUUCAGUCGGAGUGGAAACCUUUAUAUACAUCAAAGGAUCCACACAGGAGAGAAACCAUAUAAAUGUCUGGAGUGUGGAAAGAGCUUCAAUCAGGGUAGCAGCCUUUAUAGUCAUCAAAGGAUCCACACCGGAGAAAAACCAUAUAAAUGUAUGGAGUGUGGAAAGUGCUUCAGUCUGAGGGGACACCUUGAUACACAUCAAAGGAUCCACACCGGAGAAAAACCAUAUAAAUGUCUGGAGUGUGGAAAGCGUUUCAGUCGGAGGGGACAUCUUUAUACACAUCAAAGGAUGCACACAGGAGAAAAACCAUAUAAAUGUCUGGAGUGUGGAAAGAGCUUCAGUGAGAGGGGAAGCCUUUAUACACAUCAAAGGAUCCACACAGGAGAAAAACCGCAUAAAUGUCUGGAGUGUGGAAAGUGCUUCACUCAGACGGGAAGCCUUUAUAAACAUCUAAGAAGCCACUCAGGAGAAAAGCCAUUUAAAUGCCUGGAGUGUGGAAAGAGCUUCAGUCGCAGGAGCAGCCUUUAUGCACAUCGAAGAAUUCACUCGGGAGAGAAACCACAUAAAUGCCUGGAGUGUGGAAAGAGCUUCACUUGGAAAGAAAACUUUUAUACACAUCAAAAGAUUCACACUGGAGAAAAACCAUACAAAUGCCUAGAAUGUGGAAAGAGCUUUACUCGGAAUGAACACCUACGUCAACAUCAAAGAAUCCACACUGGAGAGAAACCACAUCGAUGUCUGGAGUGUGGAAAGAGCUUCAGUCAGAGGGGGAACCUUUAUGCACAUCAAAGGAUCCACACAGGAAAGAAACCGCAUAAAUGCCUGGAGUGUGGAAAGAGUUUCAGUCAGAGGGGGAACCUUUAUGUACAUCAAAGGAGCCACACUGGAGAAAAACUGCAUAAAUGCCUGGAGUGUGGAAAGACUUUCAGUGAGAGAAGCAGCCUUUAUGUACAUCAAAGUAGCCACACAGGAGAAAAACUGCAUAAAUGCCUGGAGUGUGGAAAGAGUUUCAGUAAGAGGAGCAACCUUUAUUUACAUCAAAGGAGCCACACUGGAGAGAAACCACAUAAAUGCCUGGAGUGUGGAAAGAGCUUCAGUCUGAGGGGAAACCUUUAUAGACAUCAAAGGAUCCACACAGGAGAAAAACCGCAUAAAUGUCUGGAGUGUGGAAAGAGCUUCAGCCAGAGGACCAAACUUUACGUACAUCAAAGAAUCCAUUCAGGAGAGAAACCGUAUGAAUGCCUGGAGUGUGGAAAGAGGUUCAGUGAGAGGGGACACCUUUAUAGGCAUCAAAUAAUCCAUUCAGGAGAGACUGAAACCAAGUCACAUGGGAUUACCUGUAAAUGCCUCCAGUGUGGAAAGAGCUUUACUGAAAGUCAAGGUCUCCAUAAACAUCAAAGCAUUCACAGAGAAGAAAAAGCAAAUAAAUGCCUGGAAUGUGGAAGUAGCUGUAGUCAGAGGGGAAACCAUUACAGACAUCAAAGACUCCAUUCAGGAGAGAAACCAUAUAAAUGCGUGGAAAGAGUUUCUUUCCUGGAGAGGGAGAGACCUCCAGAGGGGGGAGGGGGGCCCUCAACUCCGCUACCUGGAUGCGGGGGGGGGGCGAGGGGGGAGAAGACUUCAAGGGGAGCCUUGAGGGAGCCCCUCGCCCCACCCCCUUGCCAAAGAGAAGCUUCGCUAUUGCGCAGGCGCCAUAUGAGUGAUGGAUGGAAGGCAGCAGGACGCCGAUUGGGCGCUCUGGGGAGGGCAGCGAUUGGCAGGAGCUCCUCGGGGCGGUCCAUUCAAAGGAAAGAAGAGCUACCGGUAACAGGAAAAGGCCUCGCAGCAAAGUCCCGCCUCCACUUCCGGAAUCGAAUAGAACUCAGCGCCCUAAUUGAUCCAUCCACGGACGGGGUCGGAGCCAGAAGGAAGGAAGGAGGCGCCGCCCGAGAGGAGAGGAGGCCCCGCGGAGCAGCCCCAGGUGGAGACGGCGGGGAAGGCCCGGCAGGCAUGAGCCGAAGGGGACUCCGAGAAAGGAGGCCGCCUGGAUGGAGAAGCGGGGAGCAGGAAACGGGUGGAGACCCCGAGACCGGCCUGGAGGGCAGAGGCUCCUUCACGAGAGGCGGAAGACUCGGGAAUCCCCAGAGAAUCCAAGUGGAAGGAGAGAAAUAUCAGUGCCCGGAAUGUGGAAAAUUCUUCAAAAGAAAAGGAGGUCUUGAAAUGCAUCUAAUAAUCCACACAGGAGAAAAGCCACAUAAAUGCCUGGAGUGUGGAAAGCACUUCAAUCUGAGGGGAAACCUUUAUAAACACCAAAGGAUCCACACUGGAGAGAAACCACAUAAAUGCCUGGAGUGUGGAAAGAGCUUCAGUCGGAGUAGUAGCCUUUAUACACAUCAAAGAAUCCACACACAAGAAAAACCUUAUAAAUGUAUGGAGUUUGGAAAGCGCUUCAAUCUGAGGGGACACCUUUAUAGAAAUCAAAGAAUCCACACAGGAGAAAAACCGUAUAAAUGCCUGGAGUGUGGAAAGAGCUUCAGUCUGAGGGGAAGCCUUUAUAGACAUCAGAGGAUCCACUCAGGAGAAAAACCUUAUGAAUGCAUGGAGUGUGGAAAGAGCUUCAGGGUGAGUGGAAGCCUUUAUGCACAUCAAAGGAUCCACUCAGGAGAAAAACCGCAUAAAUGCCUGGAGUGUGGAAAGAGCUUCAAUCUGAAGAGCACCCUUAAUAAACAUCAAAAGAUCCACUCAGGAGAAAAACCACAUAAAUGUCUGGAGUGUGGAAAGAGCUUCAGUCAGAGGAGCAACCUUUAUGCACAUCAAGGGAUCCACUCAGGAGAAAAACCGCAUAAAUGCCUGGAGUGUGGAAAGAGCUUCAAUCUAAUGGGAAACCUUUAUAGACAUCUAAGGAUCCACACAGGAGAAAAACCACAUAAAUGCCUGGAGUGUGGAAAGAAUUUCAAUCGAAGGAACAAUCUUUAUGUACAUCAAAGGAUCCACACAGGAGAAAAACCGCAUAAAUGUCUGGAGUGUGGAAAGAGCUUCAUUCUUGUAAACCAUCUAAGAAUCCACACAGGAGAGAAACCAUUUAAAUGCCUGGAGUGUGGAAAGAGCUUCAGUCAGAGGGGACACCUUUAUAACCAUCAAAGAAUCCACUCAGGAGAAAAACCUCAUAAAUGCCUGGAAUGUGGAAAGAGCUUCAGUCAGAGGGGACACCUUUAUACACAUCAAAGAAUCCACUCAGGAGAGAAACCGCAUAAAUGUCUGGAGUGUGGAAAGAGCUUCAGUCUGAGGGGAAACCUUUAUACACAUCAAAGGAUCCACUCAGGAGAGAAACCGCAUAAAUGCAUGGAGUGUGGAAGGAACUUCAGUCACAGGGGAAGCCUUUAUAAACAUCAAAGGAUCCACACAGGAGAGAAACCUUAUAAAUGUCUGGAGUGUGGAAAGAUCUUCAGUCAGAGGGGCAGCCUUCACAUACAUCAAAGAAUCCAUUCAGGAGAGAAACCUUAUAAAUGCCUGGAGUGUGCAAAGAGCUUUAGUGCGCGCAGAAGCCUUUAUAAACAUCAAAGGAUCCACACCGGAGAAAAACCUUAUAAAUGCCUGGAGUGUGGAAAGAGCUUCAGUCAGAGGGGACAGCUUUAUACACAUCAAAGGAUCCACUCAGGAGAAAAACUACAUAAAUGUCUGGUCUGUGGAAACAGCUUUAAUGGGAGGGGAACCCUUUAUACACAUCAAAGGAUCCACACAGGAGAAAAACCUUAUAAAUGUCUGGAGUGCGGAAAGAGCUUCAGUCAGAGGAGCAGCCUUAACGUACAUCAAAGAAUCCAUUCAGGAGAGAAACCUUAUAAUUGUAUGGAGUGUGGAAAGAGCUUCCGUGAGAGGAGCAGCCUUAAUGUACAUCAAAGAAUCCAUACAGGAGAGAAACCGUAUCAAUGCCUGGAGUGUGGAAAGAGGUUCAGUCAUCAUGGAAACCUUUAUACACAUCAAAGGAUCCACUUAGGAGAAAAACCACAUAAAUGCCUGGAGUGUGGAAAGAGCUUCAAUGGGAAGGGAAACCUCCAUAAACAUCAAAAGAUCCACACAGGAGAAAAACCUUAUAAAUGUCUGGAGUGUGGAAAGAGCUUCAUUCAGAGGAGCAGCCUUAACAUACAUCAAAGAAUCCAUUCAGGAGAGAAACCGUAUCAAUGCGUGGAGUGUGGAAAGUGGUUCAGUUUUCAAGGAAACCUUUAUGCACAUCAAAGAAUCCACUUGAGAGAAACAGUAUAAAUGCCUGGAGUUUGGAAAAAGCUUCAGUGGGGAGACCUUUAUAUACAUGAAACAAUUCACCCUGGGGAAAAAAACCAUAUAAAUGCCUGGAGUGUGGAAAGAGCUUCAGUCAGAGUGAAGACAUCAAAGAAUCCACAUAAGCAGAGAAACCCUAUAAGUGCCAAUUUAGCUUGGAACCGUUGCAGUUACCUUUUUAAAAAAAGAAUGGCUGCUAGCCAGCUCAAGCAUCUUCAGCUAGCAAAAGAAAAACCGGAGCUGGCUUGGCACUUCUUUGGCCAUGUGGCCAUGGACAAAAAAAACCCCAAACCCUGCCAGAUUCUUGUAGCCCCGAACAGCCAAGAAAAGUCGGAGAGAUAAAAAUGGCCGCCACGGCAGUUGAGACUGAAACCAAGUCACAUGGCUAGACAGACCUUUUGGGUGGCAAUUCUGAGUUUCUAAUGUAAGUACCCUUCCUGAAUUAAUUUAAUUAAUUUGUUUUUGUGAAAAGUGUCUGGAGUGUGGAAGGAGCUGUAGUCAGAGGGGAAAGCUUUACAGACAUCAAAGACUCCAUGCAGGAGAGAAAUAUAUAAAUGCCUGGAGCAUGGAAAGGGUUUCUGUGGGAAGGGAAGUCUUUAUCAGCAUCAAUGCACUUGGGAGAAAAACAAUCCAAAUACCUUGAGUGUGGAAAAAUGUUUAUUGUUUAUGGACACCUCUAUCGACAUCAAAGAAGUCACAUGGGGAAAAAAAACACUAAAUAUGCCUGAGUGGAGAAACCUUCAGUCACAAUGGUGCCACUGAAAUAACAAUAGUAUUUAGGUUUAUAUGCCGCCCUAUAUGCUUUAAAGCACACUCUGGGAGAUUUCCAAGGUAAACAUUAUUUGCAUAUUGUCGCCAACAAUCUGGGCCCGCCUUUUACCAUCCUCACAAGGAUGGAUGACAGUCAAGGCUUGAGCGCUCUCAGAAUCAAAUGCCAGGGUGUGGACACUCUGCCUACAAUACUGCACUAAGAAGCUACUUGAAUGUUUAUCACAGACCUAAGUAAGUCAGGUGUGAACUGUUACCCUUCAUUGCCAUCUCAACUUUUUUGUGUCAACAUGAGUUUAUAUUGUAUUCUCAGCCCAAAAUGUCAGGAGUAAGUAAACUUAUGGACAGCACAAUUUUAUUAUUCACUUUAUUGCUACACUCAGUUUAAUUAUUGUGCUAUUCUAUGAGGCCUAAUAGUAGAAUUUGAAUAAUUUUACACACUUUUUCAAGGGCGAUGUAAUUUUACUCAUUAGCUGCACACCCAGGAAUUUGAUGCUGGUAACCAUCUCCACA